AUGGCGUCCACAUCUAUCCGUCCUAGCAAUGAGGAUGAUGACGGUGGCGCUGCAAAAGAGGUAUAUGCUGGCCUUAAUGUGCUGUUGCGAAUCCCUACAGAGCCUGCAAUCCGCCGCAUAUUACUAUCUGCAGAGCCUUGUUCACUACCCAAACUUGAACGGGAUAGCCACCAGGUAGCACCUUAUUACAAGGCCACAACUUGUGAUGACUCUGGAUACGGCGACAGUUCCUGCUCCUUCAGUAUCACUACUGCAUCCAUCGACAAUGGACAAAGCGACACUGUCUCCGUGAAUCCACUCAACCAAAUCGGACACGCACGUAAUAACAACCCCGGGCUGAGGGUAAGGACCAGCCACAAGUCGUGUCCAAAAUGCAAGCCUGAGAGGUGCGGCGAAUGUAAUGAGCAAUUUUCAUCGCAGGAAAGCCUACUUGAACACUUUCGAACUGUUCACAAGACUGAGUAUCUGGACAUCGUGCAUAGGUGUCUCCACAGUAGAGACGAAUUUCAAAAGCAGAGUUUUCUUGAUCAACUAUCUCGAAGACAUGAAUAUCACGCCGGUCCUGCAGACCACUUGGACAAGUACGUUGCUUCUGACGGGGCCGAAGCUGUCGUUUCGGUCCUCUCCUUACCGGACGAGUAUCUUCUUCAGGGACCGCUUGGAACACUGUGCUGUUUCCACAUGCCACUAUUGCUGCGAGGUCGACUUUGGUGGCUGUUGGAAGCCUUUUCAGCCAAACUUGGUUUUGAGGCUAUCGAUAUCCAGGAAAAGAAUGGGUCCUCCCUUGCCAAACAUUGGGAGGAUGCCUUGAGAGAUGCAUACCUGAAGGCAGCUAUGUACUCCACCAGUAACUUUGGUGGAGAAGCUAUUUCGCAACUGACGGCUAGGAUCAAAAAACGCAUUAGGGAUGCAACCGAAAAGCGAAAUGAAAGAGAUAACAGUAUGUGUGUCUCUGACAAAAUGAGGCUGUGGGAGAGUAGGGUCGAAGGUUCCAAGGACGAGAGUGCUGGUGGAAAGAUAAACCAGCAUUCAGCACCUCAUAUACAUGCGAAGACUUCACUUGCCCCCGAAUACCAGCGACUCUUGGACACCAUGGCGUAUCAGUGGCUGGCUUCUGCUGUUACCCGACAGGCUUCAUUAAACUGGGAAACGUCGAAUCCAGAAAAUAUGUUGGAUGAAGUUCGACAUGCUAUUUUGCAGAGGCUGCCGGCCACUUUGUUUGUCUAUGACAAUUCCAGAUGCGAGGUUGCAGUCACAUUUAGACUACCUUGGGAACCUAUUCAGACACGACUGGAUCAAGAACGUGCGAAGGCGAAUGUUGGAUGCCCUUUGCUACUAGAUUUGACGGUCAUAACCUGCACUUCGGGUGAUGAAAUGCAGGUAACCACGGUAGGGCAGUAUUUUCGGCAGACUUGGGCAGAUGAUGGAAGCGGAUUGCUUGAAUCGCUUCAAAAAUGGUUUGACCACAGAGAUGAGUCGAUUUUCGCAACAACCGAAAUGAGCAGCCCACGGAUCCAAUAUUCUCGGCGUGGCUCAAACCUCUUCGUUAUCAUCAACGGCCCUUCAUAUUUCAUGAUCCAAUGCGGCGAACAGCUAACCUGGUUAGGGUCAGCACUUCAGACUCCGACCCCAGACUUGAGGAUCUGCGCCCCUUGUAUCAUGGCCAUGGGCACGUUAGAUUUCUUAAUAGGGACCAAGCCUGCACCACCAGAAGAUACAAACAGUGCCUUGUCAUUGCUAGAGCAGCCUUUGCAACUGCUGCACAAGCAAUCCAUUUGCUCCCGGCCUGUUGUUGGAUUUCCCACAGCUAAUCGACCUGAGGGCGUUCGGGGCCUGGAGAUUCCGUGGAACAUUCUCUUAACGAUUGCAGAAGACCCGAACCUAGAGCCUGCUGCAGGUUCCAUCAAUAGCCACCGAUUGUUUCUGGGACCCCAGAUAACACUACAGCUGGUGCAAGUCAUAGAGGGAGUUUCCCUCUGGCAUAUUGUCAACCAUCCCCUAACGGGUUGCAAUUGUUCAGACAUUUGCCUCCAACCAAAUCAGGGCGAGAAGAGUCUACCCAUCAAAUUUGAAGAGCUCGCUGGCUUCCGCCAUAUUAUCAAUACUUGCGAUAAAGUCAGUCCCCCUGCAGCUCAGAGCUUUCGUACCUCGUCCAGCUCAGAGGUGAGAGUCCCUGAUAUUCUCACGCGACCUUGGCACCCCGAGGCUACCGCACGAAGAGGGCCGGACCAUGCCUCAGAGACAAACGCCGAACAUUCAAAUGGAGAUGACAAGUUUUCCCCUGUUGUUUUGGCUGUCGUCAAUCGUCUACUCGCAGGUGUCCGCACCCACAUGAGGCCCAACUGCACUGCCGCUGAUAGCGACAACACCAACAACGAUGCUAGCAUCUCCAGUACUUCUAGCCCAAAAGACACUCCCGCGACAAGCCUGGACACAAGCACCGGCCUCGCAUUUUCGCAGAAGAGAUCCGUCUCUCACCGCGAUAGUGAGGACCCUGACGAUGACCCGGACGAAGACGGUCUACGACGGUUGCCACACAAGACAGCCAAGAGGAUGCAGGAGAAGACGCAAAGAACUUUUGCCUGCCCAUUUUUCAAGUUCGAUCCUGUCAAGCAUAAGGCUUGUUUGUCUUUGAAAUUGAGGCAAGUCUCGAGAGUCAAGCAGCAUCUUGUCAGGAAUCAUGUGCCACAAUUCUUUUGCCCACGCUGUCUGACCACAUUUAAGACUCGGCAGACGUACAAUGAGCAUAUAAUGCAACCAUCUGGAUAUUUUUGCACUCCCAAUCCAGCAGGGAGAUUGGAUGGACUAUCACGAAUUCAGGAGCUUCAACUCUCAAAGAAGUCAAGACACCCCGCAUCUUCAGAAAGGGACAAGUGGUUCGUAACUUGGGCCAUAGUAUUCCCAGGCCACUCUCCUCCGAGCUCACCUUACGUCGAUGCGCAACUAAGUGAAGAUUUGGCGGUAUUCCAAGAGCACUGUCUACGAGCUGGACCAAACCUCGCAGCUGAGGAGGUCGUGGCCAGCGGCGUCUUAUCGGUGACGGAGCUGACGGAUGAGGCACGAGGGGACAUUCUUCGUCGAGCAAUUGCAGCCGGACUCAAUAACAUGAUAAAUGACUGGAGUCGAUCUCAGCUGUGCCCGUUAAGCCCCAAAUCAAGUCGAGUCUCGUUCUCUGUAGCGCAGGAGGAAACCAGUCCAUUGGACAUUGAGCUGACUGCGACUCCUGCUGACUCUGCCCCAGAGAACAGGGAGUUAAGUUCUGCUGAUUUUUUGGAACAGUUGUCGUCGUCGCACCAGAGUCAUCUUCGUGAUGAAUUGUCGAGAACUGAGUAUCAGACUUCCUCCAGUCAUGAAGAGGAGAGUGUGAGACAGGACAUCUCAACCGCUGUGCACAAUGCUUCAACUCAACGUGACCAGUCCCCGCAAAUUCAUAGCACGUCUAACGCACCUGAGUGCGCCUCUGACACGCCAGAAUGGGGAAAAAUCCUAAGUGCAGGAGAUUUGGGUUUUUUUGAGGCUUUUGAUACUGCAUAA